ACGUCAGCAUGUGUGGGCGUGUCUUCUUUUAAGUCUUAUCAAUAAUAAUAUAGUAUCGUCGUUAGUGUUUAUAUACUUACGUACAGCAGCACAACGUAAAGCCCAAGUGAAUUAUGUAUAGUGAACAAGUAUAAUUAUUGUAAUUAAAGAUCAUGUUUUAGUCCAAAACUAGUUGAAGUGAAUCAUUCUCAUUUAGUGAAUUUUCCAACAUAUUGAAGUGUAUAGUAUCAUAUGGUAGUUAUAAUAUAUUGAUACAUAUUCAAUUCACAUACUGUUUUUAAUAUUUUCGUUAAGUUUUACAGUUAAUUUUACGGUGUUAUUCUGUUUAAUUAUGUUAUAUAAACAAACCUUUAUUUGUUUAAUGAAAUAUUGUUUCAAUACAUUUAUCUCCACAUUAAUAUUGGGUUCUGUUUAAAAAAAUUAUGGAUAAACUUUACAUUGACCAGCAAUUCUAACAUCUUGCUGCUUUAAUCUAUUUACAAUAAUCAAAAUUGCCUUAAGACUUAAAAAUUAAAACUCAGCUUUUUGAAAUGGCUAUUUCUACAUCUACCACCAGAGUUCUUUUAGUAACAGCUAAUAUUGGUUCAAUAUUUGAAAAUCCAAGUGUCAUGUUGAAAACGUGGACCGAAGAAUUUUUGAAUACCGUUACAAGAUUGGAUCCCUAUUUUAUUGCACUUCAUUGUCAAGAAGUUGGAGGAAAAAAUUAUGAAGAAAGCAUGAAACAUGUUAAAUUUUUCGUUAGUCUUCUAAUGAAUAGCAAAGAACUGAGGAUCUUCAAUCGAGCGCAAGUCUUUUUGGAUGAAGAAUUUACUUCGGCAGAAAACUUUACAGCUCUUGGUAAUAUGUAUUUUAUACAUAAAUCAAUAAAUGAUGUAUUGUUAUGGGAUUUCAAAGACUUACAGUUUAUACCCAUAACUGAGACUAAUGUUUACUCUGGAAGUAUUGAAGAUGUGUCCACCAAGGAAAAAUCAAAAUUCCCUCAAGAGUUUUUUCCAGAGUGCAAAUGGUCUCGUAAGGGGUUUUUGAGAACUAGAUGGAAACUUAAUGGAUCUACCUUUGAUCUUGUUAAUAUUCAUUUGUUUCACGAUGCAUCGAAUUUCACUGCAAUGGAAUCUGUAAGUUUUCGAACCAAUAAUCAUAAAACUACUAUUUCUUUAAAUUUGUUAUAUUUUGUAUAAAGUUCGAGGUGUCAAAAAUAUGAUAAUAAAGGUGCAAAAUCAUUUUC